UUCUUAUUUCUUCCUAGCUGAGGCAGCUAGCUCGUCCACUGUCCCACUCGUUCAAUUACAGUGAAAUCAUUUCUGCUCAGUGGGUCUGCAGAUCUCUUUUACAGUGAUAAGUUGCAACCGGGUGGUACUGUACACUUAGUAAGGGGCUAACAUAUAGUCUGGGGCUGUUCGCUGUCUUCAGAAAUCUUAUUUUAGCUAGCUUGCUAGCUGGCAGAUAACAUUCAGAAAUGGACGAAAAGGCGUUUACGAAGGAACUUGAUCAAUGGAUUGAGCAACUCAACGAGUGCAAGCAGCUCUCAGAAAACCAAGUCAAAACGCUAUGUGAAAAGGCUAAAGAGAUCCUGACGAAGGAGUCCAACGUGCAGGAUGUGCGGUGUCCGGUGACCGUGUGCGGGGACGUCCACGGCCAGUUCCAUGACCUCAUGGAGCUGUUCAGAAUCGGAGGGAAGUCUCCGGACACAAACUACCUUUUCAUGGGAGAUUACGUGGACAGAGGUUACUACUCUGUGGAAACUGUGACACUUCUUGUAGGUCUUAAGGUUAGGUACCGUGAACGUAUCACAAUUCUUCGAGGAAACCAUGAAAGCAGACAGAUCACACAGGUGUACGGGUUUUAUGAUGAAUGCUUACGGAAAUACGGCAACGCAAAUGUUUGGAAAUACUUCACAGACCUCUUUGAUUACCUUCCCCUAACGGCUUUGGUAGAUGGUCAGAUAUUCUGUCUUCACGGAGGGCUGUCACCAUCAAUAGACACAUUAGAUCACAUCCGAGCACUGGACCGUUUACAGGAGGUCCCACACGAGGGACCAAUGUGUGACCUGCUGUGGUCAGAUCCAGAUGACCGUGGUGGCUGGGGCAUCUCUCCCCGUGGUGCUGGCUAUACUUUUGGGCAGGACAUCUCUGAGACUUUCAACCAUGCCAAUGGCCUUACUCUUGUAUCAAGAGCUCACCAGCUGGUGAUGGAGGGAUACAACUGGUGCCAUGAUCGCAACGUGGUAACAAUUUUCAGCGCACCCAAUUACUGCUAUCGUUGUGGUAACCAAGCAGCUAUCAUGGAACUUGAUGAUACUCUUAAGUACUCCUUCCUGCAGUUUGACCCUGCGCCCCGCAGAGGAGAGCCCCAUGUGACCCGCCGAACUCCAGACUACUUCCUGUAAAAUCUUAAUAUCUGUACAGUAUUGCCAUGAUUUAAUAAACAGUCAACUUAAAAGCAAGAAGAGAUGGGAUGAGAAGGGCAACUGUGUAAGACUUCCAAUUUUUCAGGCAACCGAAUAUUUAAGCGUUCAGAAACCGUCUGUAUACAUGGACCAAAAGGUGUGCCAUAUGAAUUCAGAAUGAAUUGCAAAAACAUCUGCAAGUCUGUAACCAUUGAACACAGCAGUGAUUCCUCUGUGCCCAGUGGCACAGUUUAUUAUAAAGUCCUGUUUUCUUUUUUAAUCUUCAGGUCUGUAAGUUCAUGUCUGCCCUGUUGGUAUCCACAUUUGCUCUGUGUGUCUCUGUGUGUCUCUGUGUGUCUCUGUGU